AUGUCACCUAUCGCUCGCCAUUAUACGAUUGACAGUCCACGCAGCGUUUGUAUGGAUCACUUUGCCCCGGCUGUCCCCUCUGAUGACCCCUUCUUACCGCCGGCCCGGACUUUGCCCUACCUACGCACAUUUUCUCAGGCGCCUCGGUCGACCCCCGCAAUCCCCUCUAGAAACCUGGACUCAAGCAAAUCCUGCUUUUUCUUUCCCGACGAUGGGGAUGAUGACCUGAUGGCCAUUGAACAACGCACCUCUGCCCUCUCCCACACACAGCAGCCUACUGCAAUGGACUUCUGUCCCUCUGACCUGAACUUUAUCCAGAGCAACGACAUGGUGGAGUCGUUGCCGCCACAACAGGAAUUUGGUUGUGAUCCCAUGAUAAAGCUUGAAGCUGUGCCUUUGGGAAAGUACCAAGCGCCGGGAUCCUGUGAGACGCAGAACCAGCAGCAGCAGCAGCGACCUGUAGAGGAUGCGAUUCCUGUCAGUAGUAGUAACACCGCUAGUUUUAGAAAUGAAGGCGUCGUUUCGCCUGCCCCAGCGCCUGUCUUUCGCAAUCCACAAGCACCACCUCCGACGUCAAAGAAGUACAAGAGGAAGCCAGACCCCAUUGCCAUACCCACGUAUCACAUAUCAAUUAAGGACCGCGGAGGAGUCGUUCUGGUCUACUUCUGUUUAAAGUUGUGGAAUAAGAAUGCUUGA